ACGUUGCACACUCAGUUGGACUGCAAGUGUUUCACCCGUUUUUGGCUACUGACUCUUUCACCUUGUUCUUUUGAACAAAAAAAAAAACAGAAUGGAAGGGUCGAUUUGCAACAUCCAAGUGCUUCUUCGUGCUGCUGAGUUUCUGGAGAGGAGAGAGCGAGAGGCGGAACAUGGCUAUGCUUCACUUCUGCCUCCCAGUUUGACUCAGUCUGAUAAGAGAAGCAAACAGAAGAGCAAGAAGAUAUCUGCUUGUGGCAAUAGGUCCGUGCACAACGAGCUAGAGAAAAACAGACGAGCACAACUGAGGCAGUGCCUGGAGCAGCUCAAGAAGCAAGUUCCUCUGUCGUCGGACUCGAUGAGGAACACCACACUCAACCUGCUUAGGCGAGCCCAGCUGCACAUCAAGAAGCUGCAGGAGCAGGAUGAGCGCGCAGAGCAGUUGAAGGGCCGUCUGCGCUGGGAGCAGAGGGAGCUACAGGUGCGUCUGGAGCAGCUGCAGCGAGGUGCUGAGCGUAUGAGGAACGACAGCCAGGGCUCCACCAUGUCGUCGGAGAGGUCGGACUCGGACAGAGAGGAUGUCGAGGUGGACGUGGAGAGCAUCGUGUUCGAUUGCAUGGACUCUGAAGAGCCUUACAUUGCAUGCAGCGCUGUUGAUCACUGUUACUCCACUAUGGACAAAGCCUGGCUAUGACAGCAGCUACUAUCAUUCUCAUCGUCAUCAUGGCAGGGGGGAGUGGAGGGGAGUGGAGGAGGAGAGAACAUUCCAAAAAUGAGCAGGGUGAGGACAAUGAUACUGCACAAGUGAACAACCCCCCCUUUUUUUUUUUUUUUUUUAAACAGAGGCAGUUUAUCCAUAUUGUUUGAAUGUUACACCACAAGCGUAAUCAUGAUUUCGGUUAUGAAUGAGCUGUGUCCGUUUGCACUGAAGAGCAGUUUACAUCACUGGGCUGGGAUGGCUAUGUCAAACAUAUCCAGAGCCACGAAGACACAUUCAUUGUAGGGA